AUGGAGUGGCUGCGCGGGGAUGGGGUGAUUGUGACGGGAUGGGGCGACAGUGAAGGGAUGGGGCGACAUGACAUCAGUAGCAAUAUAACCAGUGACACAGGUAGUGACAUCAGUAGCAAUAUAACCAGUGACACAGGUAGUGACAUCAGUAGCAAUAUAACCAGUGACACAGAUAGUGACAUCAGUAGUAAUAUAACCAGUGACACAGGUAGUGACAUCAGUAGCAAUAUAACCAGUGACACAGGUAGUGACAUCAGUAGCAAUAUAACCAGUGACACAGAUAGUGACAUCAGUAGCAAUAUAACCAGAGACACAGGUAGUGACAUCAGUAGCAAUAUAACCAGUGACACAGGUAGUGACAUCAGUAGCAAUAUAACCAGUGACACAGGUAGUGACAUCAGUAGCAAUAUAACCAGUGACAUAGGUAGUGACAUCAGUAGCAAUAUAACCAGUGACAUCAGUAGCAAUAUAACCAGUGACACAGGUAGUGACAUCAGUAGCAAUAUAACCAGUGACACAGGUAGUGACAUCAGUAGUAAUAUAACCAGUGACACAGGUAGUGACAUCAGUAGCAAUAUAACCAGUGACACAGAUAGUGACAUCAGUAGCAAUAUAACCAGUGACACAGAUAGUGACAUCAGUAGCAAUAUAACCAGUGACACAGGUAGUGACAUCAGUAGCAAUAUAACCAGUGACACAGAUAGUGACAUCAGUAGUAAUAUAACCAGUGACACAGAUAGUGACAUCAGUAGCAAUAUAACCAGUGACACAGGUAGUGACAUCAGUAGCAAUAUAACCAGUGACACAGGUAGUGACAUCAGUAGCAAUAUAACCAGUGACACAGGUAGUGACAUCAGUAGCAAUAUAACCAGUGACACAGGUAGUGACAUCAGUAGUAACAUCACCAGUAACACAGGUAGUGACAUCAGUAGCAAUAUAACCAGUGACACAGGUAGUGACAUCAGUAGCAAUAUAACCAGUGACACAGGUAGUGACAUCAGUAGCAAUAUAACCAGUGACACAGGUAGUGACAUCAGUAGCAAUAUAACCAGUGACACAGGUAGUGACAUCAGUAGCAAUAUAACCAGUGACACAGAUAGUGACAUCAGUAGCAAUAUAACCAGUGACACAGGUAGUGACAUCAGUAGUAAUAUAACCAGUGACACAGGUAGUGACAUCAGUAGCAAUAUAACCAGUGACACAGAUAGUGACAUCAGUAGCAAUAUAACCAGUGACACAGAUAGUGACAUCAGUAGCAAUAUAACCAGUGACACAGGUAGUGACAUCAGUAGCAAUAUAACCAGUGACACAGGUAGUGACAUCAGUAGCAAUAUAACCAGUGACACAGGUAGUGACAUCAGUAGCAAUAUAACCAGUGACACAUGUAGUGACAUCAGUAGCAAUAUAACCAGUGACACAGGUAGUGACAUCAGUAGCAAUAUAACCAGUGACACAGGUAGUGACAUCAGUAGUAAUAUAACCAGUGACACAGGUAGUGACAUCAGUAGCAAUAUAACCAGUGACACAGGUAGUGACAUCAGUAGCAAUAUAACCAGUGACACAGGUAGUGACAUCAGUAGCAAUAUAACCAGUGACACAGGUAGUGACAUCAGUAGCAAUAUAACCAGUGACACAGGUAGUGACAUCAGUAGUAAUAUAACCAGUGACACAGGUAGUGACAUCAGUAGCAAUAUAACCAGUGACACAGGUAGUGACAUCAGUAGCAAUAUAACCAGUGACACAGGUAGUGACAUCAGUAGCAAUAUAACCAGUGACACAGGUAGUGACAUCAGUAGUAAUAUAACCAGUGACACAGGUAGUGACAUCAGUAGUAAUAUAACCAGUGACACAGGUAGUGACAUCAGUAGCAAUAUAACCAGUGACACAGGUAGUGACAUCAGUAGCAAUAUAACCAGAGACACAGGUAGUGACAUCAGUAGCAAUAUAACCAGUGACACAGGUAGUGACAUCAGUAGCAAUAUAACCAGUGACACAGAUAGUGACAUCAGUAGCAAUAUAACCAGUGACACAGGUAGUGACAUCAGUAGUAAUAUAACCAGUGACACAGGUAGUGACAUCAGUAGCAAUAUAACCAGUGACACAGAUAGUGACAUCAGUAGCAAUAUAACCAGUGACACAGAUAGUGACAUCAGUAGCAAUAUAACCAGUGACACAGGUAGUGACAUCAGUAGCAAUAUAACCAGUGACACAGGUAGUGACAUCAGUAGCAAUAUAACCAGUGACACAGGUAGUGACAUCAGUAGCAAUAUAACCAGUGACACAGGUAGUGACAUCAGUAGCAAUAUAACCAGUGACACAGGUAGUGACAUCAGUAGCAAUAUAACCAGUGACACAGGUAGUGACAUCAGUAGUAACAUCACCAGUAACACAGGUAGUGACAUCAGUAGUAACAUCACCAGUAACACAGGUAGUGACAUCAGUAGCAAUAUAACCAGUGACACAGGUAGUGACAUCAGUAGUAACAUCACCAGUAACACAGGUAGUGACAUCAGUAGCAAUAUAACCAGUGACACAGGUAGUGACAUCAGUAGCAAUAUAACCAGUGACACAGGUAGUGACAUCAGUAGCAAUAUAACCAGUGACACAGGUAGUGACAUCAGUAGCAAUAUAACCAGUGACACAGGUAGUGACAUCAGUAGCAAUAUAACCAGUGACACAGGUAGUGACAUCAGUAGCAAUAUAACCAGAGACACAGGUAGUGACAUCAGUAGCAAUAUAACCAGAGACACAGGUAGUGACAUCAGUAGCAAUAUAACCAGUGACACAGGUAGUGACAUCAGUAGCAAUAUAACCAGUGACACGGGUAGUGACAUCAGUAGUAAUAUAACCAGUGACACAGGUAGUGACAUCAGUAGCAAUAUAACCAGUGACACAGGUAGUGACAUCAGUAGCAAUAUAACCAGUGACACAGGUAGUGACAUCAGUAGUAAUAUAACCAGUGACACAGGUAGUGACAUCAGUAGUAACAUCACCAGUAACACAGGUAGUGACAUCAGUAGCAAUAUAACCAGUGACACAGGUAGUGACAUCAGUAGCAAUAUAACCAGUGACACAGGUAGUGACAUCAGUAGCAAUAUAACCAGUGACACAGGUAGUGACAUCAGUAGUAAUAUAACCAGUGACACAGAUAGUGACAUCAGUAGCAAUAUAACCAGUGACACAGGUAGUGACAUCAGUAGCAAUAUAACCAGUGACACAGGUAGUGACAUCAGUAGCAAUAUAACCAGUGACACAGGUAGUGACAUCAGUAGCAAUAUAACCAGUGACACAGGUAGUGACAUCAGUAGCAAUAUAACCAGUGACACAGGUAGUGACAUCAGUAGUAAUAUAACCAGUGACACAGGUAGUGACAUCAGUAGCAAUAUAACCAGUGACACAGGUAGUGACAUCAGUAGUAAUAUAACCAGUGACACAGGUAGUGACAUCAGUAGCAAUAUAACCAGUGACACAGGUAGUGACAUCAGUAGUAAUAUAACCAGUGACACAGGUAGCGACAUCAGUAGUAAUAUAACCAGUGACACAGGUAGUGACAUCAGUAGCAAUAUAACCAGUGACACAGGUAGUGACAUCAGUAGCAAUAUAACCAGUGACACAGGUAGUGACAUCAGUAGCAAUAUAACCAGUGACACAGGUAGUGACAUCAGUAGUAAUAUAACCAGUGACACAGGUAGUGACAUCAGUAGCAAUAUAACCAGUGACACAGGUAGUGACAUCAGUAGUAAUAUAACCAGUGACACAGGUAGUGACAUCAGUAGCAAUAUAACCAGUGACACAGGUAGUGACAUCAGUAGUAAUAUAACCAGUGACACAGGUAGUGACAUCAGUAGUAAUAUAACCAGUGACACAGGUAGUGACAUCAGUAGUAAUAUAACCAGUGACACAGGUAGUGACAUCAGUAGCAAUAUAACCAGUGACACAGGUACUGACAUCACCAGUAACAUCACCAGUGACACAGGUACUGACAUCACCAGUAACAUCACCAGUGACACAGGUACUGACAUCACCAGUAAUAUCUCCAGUGACACAGGUACCGACAUCACCAGUAACAUCACCAGUGACACAGGUACUGACAUCACCAGUGACACAGGUACUGACAUCAGCAGUAACAUCACCAGUGGCACAGGUACUGACAUCACCAGUGACACAGGUACUGACAUCACCAGUGACACAGGUACUGACAUCAGCAGUAACAUCACCAGUGACACAGAUAGUGACAUCACCAGUAACAUCACCAGUGACACAGGUACCGACAUCACCAGUAACAUCACCAGUGACACAGGUAGUGACAUCACCAGUAACAUCACCAGUGACACAGGUACUGACAUCACCAGUGACACAGGUAGUGACAUCACCAGUAACAUCACCAGUGACACAGGUACUGACAUCAGCAGUAACAUCACCAGUGACACAGGUACUGACAUCACCAGUAACAUCACCAGUGACACAGGUAGUGACAUCACCAGUAAUAUCACCAGUGACACAGGUACUGACAUCACCAGUAACAUCACCAGUGACACAGGUAGUGACAUCACCAGUAACAUCACCAGUGACACAGGUAGUGACAUCACCAGUAAUAUCUCCAGUGACACAGGUACUGACAUCACCAGUAACAUCACCAGUGACACAGGUAGUAAUAUCACCAGUGACACAGGUAGUGACAUCACCAGUAAUAUCACCAGUGACACAGGUAGUGACAUCACUAGUAAUAUCACCAGUGACACAGGUAGUAACAUCACCAGUAACAUCACCAGUGACAUAGGUAGUGACAUCACCAGUAAUAUCACCAGUGACACAGGUAGUAACAUCACCAGUAAUAUCACCAGUGACACAGGUAGUAACAUCACCAGUAAUAUCACCAGUGACACAGGUAGUAACAUCACCAGUAACAUCACCAGUGACACAGGUAGUGACAUCACCAGUAAUAUCACCAGUGACACAGGUAGUGACAUCACCAGUAAUAUCACCAGUGACACAGGUAGUAACAUCACCAGUGACACAGGUAGUGACAUCACCAGUAAUAUCACCAGUGACACAGGUAGUAACAUCACCAGUAAUAUCACCAGUGACACAGGUAGUGACAUCACCAGUAAUAUCACCAGUGACACAGGUACUGACAUCACCAGUAACAUCACCAGUGACACAGGUACUGACAGCAGUAACAUCACCAGUGACACAGGUAGUAACAUCACCAGUAACAUCACCAGUGACACAGGUAGUGACAUCACCAGUAAUAUCACCAGUGACACAGGUAGUAACAUCACCAGUAACAUCACCAGUGACAUAGGUAGUGACAUCACCAGUAAUAUCACCAGUGACACAGCUAGUAACAUCACCAGUAAUAUCACCAGUGACACAGGUAGUAACAUCACCAGUAAUAUCACCAGUGACACAGGUAGUAACAUCACCAGUGACACAGGUAGUAACAUCACCAGUAAUAUCACCAGUGAUACAGGUAGUAACAUCACCAGUAACAUCACCAGUGACACAGGUACUGACAUCACCAGUGACAUCACUAGUGACAUAGGUACUAGUGACAUCAGCAGUAACAUCACCAGUGAUAUCACCAGUCAUGGCCGUAACUAG